CAGCGCGCUUUGUUGACCGGGUCCCAAGAUUUGAUCCCUGGCGCUCUGGUAUUCUACGGGUCCGUCUUGAGUCGGAGGAUGAUGCAGGCUCCUCGGCUUCUAUCCAGUGCUGUCGUCUUGCACUUCUUCCUUUGCGCUUGCUCCGUGCCAGUACCCGAGGGCAAAGCCUCCGCUAGGCACAAGGCUGCAGGGGGUUGGCUCCAGAAGCCUCACCCGUACCCCCCGAAGAAGCGGGUGCGACUGCCCCAGGGCCAGGACACGCUGAAGGAGGCGACCCGCGCUACGCCCGGAAACAUCUCCGAGUCCUGGAGCCGCCCCCGCUGCGGUGUCCCGGACUUCCCCGCUGAGAAAAGGGGCGUGGCCACCGGGAGGCAGCGGCACAAACGAUUUGUCCUGUUCGGGGGCCGAUGGGACAAGACCGACCUCACCUACAAGAUCGUGCGGUUCCCCUGGCAGAUGAGUAAGGAGAAGGUGAGGAGCAUCCUACACCAGGCUAACCAAGUGUGGAGUGACGUCACCCCCCUCACCUUCACCGAGGUCAACUACGGGCGUGCUGACAUCAUCAUCGACUUCACCAGGUACUGGCACGGAGACAGCCUGCCCUUCGAUGGGCCCGGGGGAAUCCUCGCCCACGCCUUUUUUCCCAGAACACAUCGGGAGGGGGACAUCCACUUCGACUAUGACGAGACCUGGACAGUGGGCAACGGCAUCGGUACGAACCUGCUCCAGGUAGCGGCUCACGAGUUCGGCCACGUCCUCGGUCUCCAGCACUCCCAGGUCCCCGGAGCGGUGAUGUCACCGUUCUACAGCUUUGCGUUCCCCCUGGCGCUGAGCGAGGACGACAGGCGGGGGAUUCAGUCUCUGUACGGCCAGCGCCUCGCCCCCGAACCCCGCCCCACCCAGGCCCGGCCCGCCAUGCCCCGCCCAACCCACCCAACCCGCCCAACCCGCCCCCACAUCACUGAGACCAACGAGAUCCUCACCAGUGCGCCGGACACCUGUUAUACCAAAUUCGAUGCAGUGUCGAUGAUCCGGGGCGAGCUGUUCUUCUUUAGAUCGGGGUAUGUGUGGCGGAUUCGGGACGGGCAUCUACAGAUGGGCUACCCCGCGCUGGCAUCCCGACACUGGCCAGGGAUCCCUGACUACGUGGACGCCGCCUUCGAGGAUGAGUCUGGAAACAUCUGGUUCUUUCAAGGUGAGAAUUACUGGGUCUUUGAUGCGGGGAGGCGGAUCACGGGUCCGGAUCCUGUGCACCGGUUGGGCCUCCCGGUUUCGCACAUCCAGGCCGCCCUCCUGAGGAGCGACGACCACACCCACAGGGUCUACUUCUUCAGGUCGGGCAGCUACUGGCGCUUCAGCCCGCGGGAGAACCGCGUGGACACGCCCCAGCCCCGACACAUGCAGGACUGGAGGGGCGUUCCCGCCAACAUCGACGGAGCCUUCCAGGAUCGGCAAGGUUACAUCCACUUCCUGAGUGGCAGGCAGUACUGGAAGGUUGACCCGGUGACCCAGACUGUUCUGCCUGGGUAUCCACGAGGAAUCGGGAUGGACUUCUUUGGCUGUCCCCCGAAUAACUAUCGGUAGGCCCCCCUGCAGUGGGGCAGUGGCAUCCUGGACAAAGUAGGCCCGAAAGCAGCAUGGCGUGAUCUUUUGCAGAUCCCUGUGAGGUUCAAAAAACGUGUCCGUUUCCCACCUUGCGGUUUGUAACAAGGGGAACAAAGGUUAAAAAAUGUGUUUUAUAUAUUUCGUUUUUUUUUGUUGUGUCUGUUAUAGUAAAGUGUAUCAAAAGUGACUUUUUGAAUCUCAAGACCUCAGCUCACUGUUUGAAGAAGUUCUUCAGGGUCGAGGAAGACUGGAAGAGCACGAAGUCAUCCCAUCUUCUCCCCACACUAGAGGACUGAAUGUUGCCAGCAACUCAUCCCAGAGCCAGUCCCACUUACCCCAAAAGGAGGGAUCAGUGUUCUGGAUACGCCCACACCUCACCCAAUAGCUGGAUAUCUGGGAGGAACGUGAGAAACAGUUUCUCCUCAAAUCCGACUGCCAGGCCAUAUUUCAAUAUUUCAUUGAUCUGUUUUAUGCCUUCCUCUAGUACAGUGAAGAAUAAAAAAACAUGUUCGUAGUUUGGAGGCACUACAAGUAUUCUAAAAAGUUGGAAAGACCAUUGCACAGGGACAUUACCGUGUAGUACUGGAGAUAGAGGAGAAACCAUGCUCAUCGGGAUUCAAAAAAGACUCGGAACAUAACGAGAAAACACUUCAAACAUUCCUACAGCAUGAAAGAAAUCAAACAGUCGUUAUUGUCAUACAUGCUGUUUCAUUAGAGAGUAGUCUGUUGCUGGAUGCAAAGCCAUAGUUAGUUUAAUUAACUAAAUACUUGAGCACUGAAAUUGUUAACCUGUUCCGUUUUCCAACUCCGCUGGUGAAAUUUGUCUUUUCGGGCUCCUGCCAUGAGAAAAUAGGAGGUGGAGCACUGCUCUUAAUGCAAAAAACCCUUUUCUUCUCAGGUAACAAAGGUGCAUUAUUUUGUGUGUGUGCCUGCAUGUGUUGAGUGUGAGUGUGUGUGCAUUCAGCCUGUUUUCCCACCCUUGUGUGGGGAGCUAUGCUGCAAAUGAUUUGAAACUGAGGUGUGUUGUAAUGACCAAAACGGCAUAUCAUUACACAAGAGGGGGCCACCAUUUAGGAUAACCGUUUACCACCUGCAGUUCUCCACCUGCAUUCUUUUCUUUCUUAUUGUUUUUAUAUAUUUGUCUCUUUUAUACAUAAAGGUGCUAAACAAAAGAAAAACAGGGUGGUGGUUCCUGUUUCAGGGUAAUACUGAGGUAAUGAUCAGUGUGUUGGAAAUGUUCAUGGUGUUUCUGAAAAGGACAAAAUAUACGGGGAAAUCACUGCCCCAACUGUGGAUUUCAAACAGCUUUCCAAAAAUGUGCGAACAUUUACAAAAGGUGUUUUUUUUGUUUACUGUUCUUAUUGUUUUAUUGACCGAGCCAAUUAAUUGAGAAGUGGGAUUUAGUGACUAAAGCAUAAGUGGGAAAUUCCAGAGUGGUAUUAAAUAGGAACUGGUUAAUUGAUUAACGACAUUAAAGAGGAUUCUUUAAGUAAUUCAUUAGCGGCUGACAUUAAAUGGACAGUGUGAACCAGCAACUGUUAUGAAUACGCAGCAGUAUGAAGUGAAUGGUAUUAAAGCUGUGCUUCUUUCCUGCAAUACACAUUUCAAUUCCUGUCAGUGCUGGACACUGAUGUGAUCGUUCUACUUCUCCUCACUUGUAAAGAUGUUUUAUAUACACAAUUGUGAUGACGGUUUUCCAUGUAAUCCACGUAGGGACGUAUUCUGUCAUUGCGGGCACUGGUAGCUUUAGAUGCUAUGGCGAAAAGUCUUUAGCACUCACACUGUUAUUGUAACCAAAUACAUGUAUCUCUGAUCUGACAAUCUUUUAAAUCUAACCGUA